UCAUUUCUAAACUCCACACAUAAGCUCCGGAGAGAACAGAGAUCCCACGAUCCUCUCUUUUUUUGUUGUUUUCUCUGGCAUUGAUUUGAUGGAAUAGUCUGUGGCUCUAUCACUCUGAAUUUGCGGCAGCCCUCUGGCAAAGACAGAUACUUAGUGUGUCACAUCUACAGUUUUGCGAUGAAUUGUACGAGAGUUCUCCAUGCUAUUGGUAGUCACCACCAGACAGCUGUGAUGCCAGUUGACCUUGCCAUGUGCCUGAGCCUCAGCAGACGUCAACCUCUUUAUCAGCUGCUGUCCAUGUCUCCUCUGAAGCUAAAACAGCAUCAUUGUCAGCCGACUGACUGUCCACCGAGGACCAGCCUUCGCUCUCCACACAAGUCUUCAUCACCCUACCCUCCAUCCUCAUUGCUGCCUUCCUCCUCUGUGCCCUCUGAGCCUCGGAGCUGUUUCCGCAGGGACAGUGGUGGUCUGAACAAGAAGCGCGUGGUUUUUGCAGACGCCAAGGGAUUGGCUCUCACUGCAGUGCGUCUGUUUAUCCCUGAGGCCUCUUCACCUACUUCUACUCUACUGAUGAAACCCACCCCAACCAAAGUGCAAGGCCAACAGUCGACCUCAAUCAAACGCUACAAGCUGCGCCCGGGUUUCGCUCAGCCAACCGUUGACUUUAAAGCCUUCAUUGCACGUCUGAGGGAGACACAUGUACAGCUGGAAAGCUGCAACAUUUCAAAGCACUCCUUGAGUGGCAAAGUAUGUGUCUCUCAUGUCAGUACUGAAAAGUCUGUGCAUGUAAGAGUGACUUUCGACUCUUGGCGGAACCAUCAUGACAUUCCUUGCACAUUUCUACAGCAGCAGCAGCAGCAGCGCCAUGGGGGUUCUGAUAUAGAUGUUUUUGCCUUUGACUUAAGCUUACCAAAGAACAUAGAUCCAAAAGAGCGAGUGGAGUUUUGUGUGUACUUCAGGCCCGGACCUGGAGCAACAGCGCACUGGGACGACAACAAGGGACAGAACUACAGGGUGUGUGUGGAAAAAGAUGGAUCGAAUGCAAACCAAAACAACGCUAACCAUUUUCACCCCACACAUUCACAACAUAGGCCACCAUCAUGGCCUUCACAUGUGUCUAACAGUAUGCCAAACUCUGCUGAGCUCUGGUAUCUUCAGAGGGGUUUCUCAAACAGAGUCAAAGCAGAGUGCAAAGCUCUGUGUUUAACUAAAUGAGACCAGUGAAUGUAGUGCAAACCUUCCAGAGAGAGCUAUGGGGAUAUUUAAAUCAUGUACCUAUUCUUAUUAUCUAAUAUUUAAGAAAGAGUUGCUGUUUUUAGGGAUGUAUGGACUGUCUGCAGCUCGCCUACUUGAGCUCAAAUACCCUGCUGGAAUGUGAAUAAUACACACUUGAAUGUAU